AUGUAUAGAAGUGGGAAAUAACCACCAAAACCAGAAUUACCAUUUUAUGCUGAUAUCACUUAUUGGAUAACUUUUAUGUUGUCUAUAUAUUUCAAAGAUGAAAAGAUUUUACAUGGCAUUUUUUCAUGCAUUCCACUUUUUAUGAUAGUUCAUCUUACUUUAAAUAGAUUAGUAAGAGGAGAGCUAGGAUCAACAGUAAUGAUGCUUUCUUUACUUGCAGAAUCUAUUGGUAUAAAUCAUUAAAAAUUAUAGCUCAUUUAUUUCAUCAAUUUGCACAUGAUGAAAGAUUCAUGAAUUUAUAUUUUUUUGAACAUUUAAUUUGUGCUAUGUUUUUAGCCAUGGGAAAUUUUAUUUAUGUUUUUGAAAAAAGAUAAAAGAAAGAAAUUUUUAGAAAAAAGUCUAUUUAUCACAAAUCAAAAUUGCCAAAACCUCAAUCUAUUAUUGUUUUUCCAAUAAUUGCUUCUGGUUUUUAUUUAAUGCUCUAUGAAACUAAAAAUGAUAAUACAAAUUGGAUAUUGUACUAUAUGAAAGUGUUUUAUAGUAUACCUUUAACAAUUUAAUUAAUUUAUGCUAUUUAAAGAUAUUAAACUACAUCAAAAAAGAGUUAUUGUAAUAAUAUCAUUAUAUUUAUCAGUUUGUGGCUUGGCUGCUUCAAUCAUAUAUGUAUUAUCUGAUCUUUCAUACUUACACUUUCCAUUAAUUCACAAAUUGUUCCAUCGUUUUAGCUUAUACUUAUAGACAAGAUAAAUAUUCUAUCAUAUAAAAUGGUUUUAAAAGAAUAGAUAUAAAUUUGAAUGA